AUGGCGCUGUACAACCAUGGCGUGCAUAGAAAUCACUUUGACGUCGUGUUCAUGGACGAGGCUGGCACAGCCCAUGAGGUGGAGGCUGCUGGCGCUGCUUGUGCUCUCCUGGGCAGGUCAGGCAAGUUGGUGCUGGCAGGAGACCCCAAGCAGCUGGGGCCUGUCGUCCUCUCUGAGCCCGCCAGUCAGAAUGGACUGUCCGUCUCUCUGCUGGAGCGACUCAUGGAGCAUGAUCUGUACCAGCUGAAAAACGGAGAGUUCGACCCCAGUCACGUCACUAUGCUGCAAAGAAACUAUCGAUCUCACCCUGCCAUCAUCAAGUUCCCCAGCGAUCGAUUCUACCUCGGCAAGCUCACGGCGCAUGGCGAUGAGCGGCAGGUGAUGUCGUUGGCUGACUGGGAGCACCUGCCGUGCAGGGGCUUCCCCAUCAUCGUCAAGUGCGUGGAGGGCAUCAACGAGCAGGAGGAGUCCAGCCCCUCCUGGUUCAACACGACUGAGUGUCUGGAGGUGGUCAACUACAUCCAGCUGCUCCUCUCGAGCCGGCCAGACGUGCUGCCGUCAGACAUCGGGGUCAUCAGCCCAUACGAUAGGCAGGUGAAGAAGAUACGGCAGCUGAUCACCAGUAAGAACAUCCCGCAAGGGGAGCUGGGAAUUAAGGUUGGCACUACCGAGCUGUUCCAGGGCCUUGAGAGGCGCGUCAUUAUCAUCUCCACCGUCCGCAGCGACCCCUUGCUCCUUCAGUCUGACGACCGCUUCAACCUGGGCUUCGUCAACUCGGCCAAGAGGUUCAACGUGGCAGUGACGAGGGCGCAGUGCCUGAUGAUAGUCAUCGGAAACCUCAAGUGCCUGGCCAAGGACAGCUUGUGGAAGGACUUCUUGACCUACUGCAACGACCAUGGGGCUCUUAUCUCUGAUCGCAGCAACCAUGACAGAUGCUGUAUCCUGUAG